AUGCGCGAGAAAAUUUUAAAAGCAACGAGAGCGGUUCUUUGUCCAGAAACAUUCGUUUUUCAUACAUUAGAUGAUUAUCCGAAUUCUGUCGCUUGGCUUAACUCAACGAAGCUACUUAUUUCUAUCGAGGGCGAAUAUGAAAAAAGUGUCAGAGAAAAUGAACAUCUAAAGAAAUAUAUUGACGAAAAAAGGCUCCACUGCUGUCUUCGAGAGGAAGAAAAAGACAUUGAGGAGUCUAUUUUUGCAGAAUUAAAUAGAUUCGGAUUAACUGACGCACGGUCUGUCAAGAAAACAUCUAUCGACACUUCUGAGCCCGUGACUGCUUUCGACGGAACACUGGCGGAUCGAUUUUCAACCUGUUUUGUUAACUUUUCUGCUGAGAAAAAACUAUUAUCCUCAUCCGAAAACCAUGGGAAAAACGAAUCCGCUUUUGAUUUUUCUAAGUUUUUCGCUGCCUGUGAUUGUAAAGAGCUUGGACAGAGGGUAAUUCAUUUCCCGACGAUUUCGAGUACGGAGGAUGUAUUUGGGAAUAAAUCGGAGGAUUGGAAGGGAUUGGUGGUUGUCGCGGAUAGUCAAAUAGCCGGAAAAGGGAGGAAGAAGAAUCAGUGGAUCUCUCCAGGGGGAAGUUUGGCGAUGAGUUUUGGCUUUGAAGUUGAUUUAGAAUAUGAGCAUCUCGCAGCGAUCCAACAUCUGGUCGGCCUUUCCGCCGUAAGUGCCUUGCGAGAGCUUUCAAAAUCAGAGAAUGUCUUCUGUAAAUGGCCGAAUGAUAUUUACUGGAAGCGAGAAAUCAAACUCGGAGGGAUUAUUUCGAGAGCGAGUUUUAUGGGAAGGACCCUGACGGUUUGUGUUGGAAUCGGUGUUAAUUUGAAGAAUGAAAAGCCUUUCCCAGGAGCGUGUGUUUUAACAGAAACUGAAAUUUUACGUGAAGAACUUAUGGCAAGGAUCUUCAAUAACGUCGAAGAAAACUUGCCAAAACUAAAGGACGGCUCAUGGAGAAAAGAAUACGAAAGUUUAUGGCUACAUAGCUCAGAAAAUGUCAAAGGCAAGAUAAAGAGCAACCCGGGUGAUGAAGGGUUGAACGAAGAGUUUUUCUCGAUGCCGGAACCUUCCAGGUCACUUUCGUUAGAUCCACAUUCGAAUGGGAACGACAGGGAUAAGGGGAUCUCAAGGCAGAGGCCCAGUUUGCCUCACAAGUCCAAAAGGCCUCCAACAGACGAUGUUUUUGAACUCCACGAGGACGAUUUCAGCGCUGGCGUCACUGUCGAGAACCUAAAUCUUUUUGAAGCCAAGGAGCAACAGCAACUAGAAAUCCGCGAUUUUUCCUUCUCCGAUCUCCCUAAUCUUCCUAAAGAUUGUUUCUAUGACCUUGAAACGCUGCACGAUAUCAUCGAAAAAUCUUCAAGCUGCGACGAUGUCAUCGCUCGCAUUUUCCGAAAUGAAGCGUUGAAAACAGAUUUCAUCGAAAAAAUGUCAAAAGUUGGCGAUUGCAAUUUGCGUCUUGAAACGCCGCAGAUCCUUUCUCUCAAGUCAGAAGAUUCCAGCUAUUCGACGUUCUUGUGUCACCUGUGCUUACGACCACGUCACCAUGGAUUUAGGACUGUCAGAGGAGAAUCUAUCGAUGAAUAUGCUCAGCAAGAUUCUCGUCUGAAAUCGCUUUUCGAAGCAAUUCGAAAUAUGCAUCCAGAUGCAAUUUCUGUUGAAAACAAGGGCAGCUACCAUGUUUCCAUAGACGAAAAAUCGAAGAUGUUUCAAUUCCGGAAGUUUCGAAAACCAAGAUCGACGGUUGACGAAAAGAAGAAAAUCGGCCAUGGAGCUCAGGCGAUGCUAACAGCCGAACCGCUUUUUGACGAAGAAGCGAAUUGUGUUGAAAUUUGUCUAGAACUCGUCCGACUUCAGCGAAAAUCAGAGCUUCAUCCGAACGGAAUCAAAUUAAAAAAACUCGAGGAAAUUCUCCAACGAGCUGCGUCUGAAUGCAGCUGGUCGAAUUUCUCAACCAUGGAAUGUCCCGCGUCAAAGAAUAAUGAGUACGCUGAUUUUCCGAUCUUAAAAAUGGCCAAUUUCAUAUAUGAAAAAGAAAGGCGGAACGCAGAUGGGCAGUUUACCAAGUGGGUUCGAGAACACUUCCCAAAGAUCCUUGUUACUGUCCGUGCCGCUGUAUCUUUUCUCGAGAAAGAAAUCGAUUGGAGUAAAUUUCAAGAUCUAAAGAACAUCAAAGAAAUAAAACGACACUGGAGCAAAAUCACUGAGCUUCGCGACAGCCAGAUUCGAAUCUCGGAUCGGUACGAGCUUCGAGCAUCGUUGAGGAAGCUCCCUGAUGGACCGCGAAAAACGAAGAUAGGAAAACUUCAGAGCGAAUUUUUCCUCCUUAUUCUUCGCAAACUCGACGAUUCUUUUGCUGGGAGCGAGGAUUGGAGAAAGACUUUCUCCAAUGAUUCUUCUUUUGGUGAUUGGAAGUCGAUUUUUGUCGCCAAGUCGGAAUUGAAAACGAGAUCGGAGACUUAUCAAAAUAAUUUGGAAGGACUAGUUCGAUUCUGGGCGGCAUUAAUGCGCCAAUCAAUGGAUCAUUCAUCUUUAAAUUCUUCCUCCGUAUUGAGGAAAGGGAUUUCAAAGGAAGUAAUGAAAGAAAUUGAAGCUUUAUUGAAGUCAAGUGAGGCACCUUCUCCUUCGCAAUUUAUGCCUCAGCAACCGCCUACCCCAGCGAUUUCUGAGCAAAUUUUCUCGUUCGAGCCAAGUAAUGAUGCAAAAGAAGACAGACAAAUUAUCAUCGAAGCUAUCGAUAUUUUGUAUCCGAAUGUCUUGCAGGUCCUCGAUGAAAUCUUCGGAAAAUUAUAUCACGUGCAACCUUUUGGAGUGGUAAAAGACUUUUACCUAUUCGAAAACGAGCACUAUUUGGAGCAUCUUUUGCUAUCGCAUCAGAUUCAGAAAGAUUUCAGCACUGCGAAGAAUCUGUUGGGAAUCAACAAAUUCUCGUUGAUUCAGGAGAUCGGGUGUUCCACUAGAUUAGUUUCCGUUAUGCAAUAUUGUGACGGCGGCAACCUUCACGAUUACAUUUCACGCUUGGAUGCCGAACCUACGAAACAAUCCUCCUACUUGUCGUUCGAAUACUCUCGAAAUAUGUUCGAUGGCCUUGCCUAUCUGACCGAAAAAGGACUAUAUCAUAAUGAUAUCAAGCCUGAAAAUAUCUUUAUUCACGAUACGAAGGCUUUGAUCGGAGACUUUGGUCUUCUUUCGUACAAGCGCCUUGACGAUUCUGGUCCAAUUCUUUAUCGUCCGAAAACAAGUCGUCAGAAUACGCAUCCCGAUUACUUUGCGCUUGGGCUCAUCCUCAUUGAGCUUUUCUUCGAAGGAGGCACAAUCGCCCUUCACAUCAUUCGACAUUCGAAACACUGCUGGUCCGACAAGUGCGAGUUCAUCCUUGAUAAAUCAAACUUUACUAACAAGCUCAAUCCAAAACUCGUCUCACAAAUCAUCAGGCUUCUUCGACCAACAGAAGGGUUUUCUGGUCUCCAUCGAAGCAAUGAUUGGAAGAGCGUGUCGCAGUUCUUCAAAUCCAAUGAAAUUCUCUCUAGAGACAAGUUAGAGCUUCAAAAUGUUCCUGGAAUAGAUCUUGGGCGAAAUAAAUUCGUGACGAAUUAUGUAACUGAACUUAUCCAUCACAUUGAUCGCCAGAUGAGCUCAACGACGCAGAACAACGAACAGAAACAACUCGCUGUUCAGUACAUUCAGCAAAUCGAAACGAUUUUGCAAAAACACCUGGUGGAUUUCCGCGGCAGGAACAUAUCGACUUAUGUCAAGGAAUUUAUCUUCGGGCAAGGGCUGUAUCAAGGGGUUCGAAGAGAGUUGGAGAAGAAUAUGAAAGCAGAAGGCUCCAAGUGUAAUCCACUGGCUCAGAUGGAAAUCUGCAGCUUGGCAGAUAACAACAAUGGCGUGGAUUUAUCUGAUGCACAGCGGCAAGAUGCGUUGUUGAUCAUCUUCAGGGAGAUAUUCCCGUUUCUUGAUCCAAAUAAAGGCGCGCUUUUGGAACGCUCGAUGCCCGGACUCAUUCGAUUUCUUUCUGAGAAAAAUGAACAUAACGCUCUCUUCGCUGCUUUAACGAACUCAAUUAUUCACACUCCAGGAGGAGAUCCGCUGAAAUCUCCUGACGAAAACAAGGCGGUUUUCAUCAUACGACUUGGGAACUUUCUCAAUACAAUACGAACAAGACAGCCGCAAAGUGCCCUAAAGCUCGAGCAGAAAAUGAUCUAUCUAGACGAAUUCAAGAUUCAUAAAGAUUGGAUUCCAAAGAUCAAGUCCGAAUUCGCCAAGUUCAACGAUGGCUUCCCGGACAACUUCAAAAUCAAAUGCAAAACAACGAAAAUAGUCGAAAAGGGAAUCGAAUACGAGCUCCAUGGGAUCGAUUCAUUUCUUUGCAUGAUCGACUAUUUCAGAAAUCUUCUCGUUCAUAUUCCGUUGCCAGCUCGCCUCGGCGGAGCAAAAGCAGAUCGCAAAAAGGAAAUCGCCAUCGCAACUUCCAUUGAAAACUUCUUCUACGCCCAUAUUUCCACCCGCGCGGGCCAAUCCACCCAAAAAUUCAAAAUGUCUCCUGCCCAUCUAGUCGCCUUCAUCCACCACGUCUUCCCUUCUUUUUUCAAAAUCAUUGUCGACGUCUUCCGAAAUGAGUCGCUCUUCUCAGCGAAUAACUCCGUCUUUCAUCCCUCUUCCCGAAUUCCUUUCUGCUAA